CCCGCUCUGUACCGAGCUUUAGCGCGCUCGCGUAAACUUUACGAAAACUUUACGUUGAAAGCUCCCUGUGCUUUUACGGUUGUGGUGUACAAACUGUGUUGUGAAUUGGAUUUUAAACUGUGUUUGUUUGUGGAUUUAGCCAUUAUGGAGUGUCACGUGAGCUAAGCCGAUGGCGUAGUCCGUGCUGCGCGGGCGCUGACAGCGAGGAUGGGGUCCGACUGCCACACGCGACUGCUGCUACUCAUAGCGAUGCUGCUAACCAAAGAUUACACAGUGACGAGUCUAGAACUGCUAGAGCUAAGGGUGCCCGCACACGUGCCGCUGGGCACGCGGGCGUCGCUGUCGUGUCGCUGGCAGCUGGGGCCCAGCGAGGUGCUGUACUCGGUGAAGUGGUACAAAGACGGGAAGGAGUUCUUCCGGCAUGUCCCCCGAGAUAUCGAGCCGAGGAGAAAGUUCCUGCUGCCGGGAGUUGACGUCGAGAACUCGAGCCCGAACGGGUCCAACGUGACGUUGGGUCCGGCGGUGCUGGAGACCGGCGGCCGGUACAGGUGCGAGGUGUCCGGCGAACGGCCGCUAUUCCCCACCGUAUCGGACCACGCGGAUAUGGUCAUUGUUGCAUUACCAACAUCGGGGCCGAUGAUCACGGGGUCGCGGCUGCGGUACCAGAUCGGGGACAGGGUGCAGGUGAACUGCACCUCGGGGAAGUCCCGGCCAGCGACCCGCCUCACCUGGUACGUCAACGGGGAGCCGGCGCCGGCGGGGGCAGUGCUGGAGCCGCAGCAUCACGCGCACGAGGACGGGCUAGAGACCACCAGCCUUGGGUUGGAUUUCAAGGUCAAGCCGAAACACUUCAGGAAAGGAGAUUUGAAGUUGAAGUGCUUAGCGACGAUAGCCACGGUGUACUGGCGGAGCAACGAGGAGAGCGUCCAGGGAGAGAAGCUGAAGGGCUACGCUCGCUCUCGAGAGCUGGUCGAAGGCGGAUCGAGAGCGGACCGAGUGCAGGCCGCCGGCAGGUCCGGCCCGCUACUCUCUGCAACCACGAUACUCAUAUUGGCCACCACCACGUUCUCCCUACACAGAAAAAACUUUUAAAAACCCCCUCCUUUUUCGGAAGUUAAAAAGUGUUACCAACGACGUGAAAAGAACCGAGCAGCGGCAUGGAAAAUGUAAUUAAAGCUUUCGUGGCGCUGCGCCGGAUAAAAUUUCGUUAGAAUCAGUUCAAAGGUUCUAACUAUACUGGUUAAUAGAAAAAACUAAUCUAGAAUUAAAUUAUUCGAGAACAUAUUGUGUUUGACACAGUCACAAAUUGAUAAAGUUAUAGAGUAUGUUAUUAAACAGAAUUCGUAUUAAGCUAUGGUUAAAUUCGUAAGGUUAAAUGUUAUGCGAAAAUUCUUCAGACUCUUUCGAUAAUAUUAUGAUAAUUUAUACAUAUAAAAU